AUGAGCUCUACACGCAUCUUCCACAACAUCUCACGCAUACCUGUCACAUCCACGCUUGUCCUUAUCUACGGUAACUACGAGCUCUAUCGCAUACACAAGGGCACACACCCGUACUGGAGUCCCAUUCUUGAGGAAAAGGGCAUCGUCCGACGGCGGACCAAGACUGUUUCAGAGGCGUCAGAUGGAAAUGUAGCUCAGGGAACGGAGACGAGGCGUGAGGGGGGCAAAGCGUCGAUACAAUGGCUGAACCUCAAUGGAGUCCCGAUUCCAUUCAUCGCACUGAAGUCAGCAGAGUGA